AUGCAGUUCAAGACGAAGCAUCAUUACAAUAUAUGUUAUAAUGGAGAUCUUUUUAAACUUUCAUUGGACUACAAGCUGGUAUUUUUAUCUACUCUGAUAUUUUCAAUUAAUUCAAGUCUCUGUGAAACUUCUAGUUUAUAUUUUUCAACGUCAGACGUUCCGAGUCUUAGGGCAAAGGCAAGACUUUCUCAUAGUGACAUUUUCGAUCGUAUAGGAGAAGCCGUGCGAUACAUGAAAAGAUAUCCUAACAUUGUAGUUCCGCCAUCGACUUGGAUAGAAUUUUCGAGCAAAUGGAACGAGAAUUUUGGCAAUAACUUGGCUUGUCUUUCAUUUUAUUGCUUGCUAAACAGAAGAGAUGUCGAGGCGUUCAAGAUUGCAAGAAGAGCCAUAGUCAGGUUUACUGAACUGAAAAACUGGCGCUGCUCACAAAACUUACAAGAUGACGUGCCAGUAGCUCACAGCCUUGUUGGCAUGGCAACUGCAUAUGAUUUUAUAGGUCAUCGUUUUGACAAAAGACUACAAAACAUGGCAAAGUUGAAAAUAAUUAACGUCACUCGACAACUUUACGAGAAUUCAAUCAAUGCCUGGUGGGGUAACUCUUAUAUUCAAAAUCAUGUGGCAACCAAUUAUGUAGCGUUGUUGAUAGGGGGACUGGUAAUGCGUGAUUUCACAGAAGAGGCGGAGGCAUGGGUACAAAGAGCGCAUUUAAUGUUAAAUAGGACUAUGUUUCUACUUGGGUUUGUCAAAGAUGGUUCACUUGAAGAAGGUACAUCAUAUGCGAGUUAUACCACAAGAUCUCUCACUCAAUAUGUCUUCCUUGUUAAACGGCACUUAAAUAUCAACCUAGCCAACAAUCCAUGGCUUAACAAACACUUUUGGUUCAUAUAUCGAACACUCCUUCCAACAUUUGACAAGACUCUCGGCAUUGCUGACUCUAGCGGCGGCUGGUUUUAUGGUCCAGAGAGUCAGUUAAUGUUUCUAGACAGUAUGGUUAUGAGAAAUGGCUGGGGAAAUUGGCUUGCGAAAAAUAUUGCACGAGUACGUAAAGAUAGAAAGAGCUUGCUUCUCGCUCGCACGCAUCGCUAUGCAUCUCUACACACAGAGUUUCUAUUCUAUGAUCACGUGAUUGGCAGUAGACCCCCUGCUGACAUGCCGAUGCUUCAUGUAUUUGAAGACUGGGGCGUGGUCGUCUAUGGGAAAGCCAUGCCAUCAAAUACAGAGAUUUACUCCACAGGAAAACCGCAAGCUUCUUCCAAGCAAACCAAUUCAAAUCCUUUAACUUAUUUAACCUUCAAAUGUGGCGUCCUUCACGGAAGAGCUAUUAAUAGAAUAGUAAAAACCAAACCCUGGUCAUGGAUUGAUGGAUGGCCGAGGUUUAAUCCAGGCCACGAACACCCAGAUCAUGGUUCAUUUACCUAUUACCCUAACGGUGUUGCUUUGAUCACAGACGCGUUAUAUGGACCUAAGUACACAUGGCUCAACAAUGUCCUCAUGUUUGGCUCAACAGAAAACACCUUCGGUCAGUUAGGGGAAGGUGGCAAGUGGUUCAAAUUUCAAGACAACAAGGUUUGGGAAGCAGAGGGAACUAUUAUUACUGCUAUCGACCAACAUCAAAAGCUGUACAUUGUUGGCGAGUAUUCUAAAUGGUAUUCUAGUAAUCUAGGGCUACACAAAGUUUUCAGGAGUCUAUUGCUGCUCAGACAAGACAUACUCAUCGUCUUUGACGUAGUCAUCAGAAAAAAGAGUAGUCCAACAACAAAAGUGUCAACGUUUUUUCAUAACAGAUUCUUUCCAUUUCAAAUCGUUGUUCAAGACAGUAGCCAAGCUAUGGCAGAAUUAACUGCAGAAGACAACAACACGUACUGUAUUCAGUGGAUUAACUCUGAUGGACCACCUAUUAACGCCAGUAGUCAACAAGCCCGAUAUAAAGCCGAGUUUGGAAAACGCAAAACCAACUUUUUGAAUAUCACAUCCCCUCUUAAAAACAGGGUUUCCAUAAUGGCGUACGUCAUGUCUAAUGGUGACGCGAAAAUAGUAUCUCUACAAAACGACAAUCGUAACGGGAUUCUUACUGUUGAUAUCAAUAACGUUCGACAUGCGAUUAAUUUAUCGAUAAUACCAGAUAUCUUGCCAAAAUACUCGAACUUGAACGACUAUGUCUCUAUUAACACAUACGAAACUGACUACAAUUCUAGAUCUCGUUUAAUUUCUUUGUCUUCCGAAAGUUUAAAGAUUUGCUUUCUGGCUGCAUUACUCUUGUACGUUCGAAUACUUAUUUCGCGAAGGGUUUAUUGGUCAAAGUCAAGACGUCUGCUGUUGACGAUCGCGAUUCCUGCAUGUGCGGGAGCCUAUCUUUUUCUAUCUCUUUUUAAGAAUACCGCUAUGAUAUGAGACAGCGGGCGCCUUUUGAUCAACCUCUUUUCAAUGUUGAAGAAACGGUCGUUUGAUAUUAAUAACUUAAAACUUUAAUUAUUUGCGAGUAAUAUCAAAUGACGUGCUUAACAAGCUGUCUUUAUAUUUAGCGUUUAAUUGCAUGAGUAACUAAUGCAUGAUUUUCAUUUAACUGGUGAUGAAAUUUCAAUGAAAAUACUUUUUAAGUAUAACUGGUUUUUGAUCGACUCCCACACACUCGUUCACUUUAACUGGGCUAUUUUGGGCUAUUGACGUUGGACGCGAUGAAGUACAGCAAGCAGUAUUGACAUGAUCUGAGUGUGCUUUUAGUAUUCUUUGGAAGUGAUAACUUUAAUACCUUGUGAAAAUAAAGAAAUGCCAUUUUCAAAGUAA